CAGUUGCCCAACAGUUGGGUUCCCAGGCUGCCUGGUGUGACGCACAGCCCCUCCACACCCCUCCGGACAGGCGUUCUGUCUGGUCCGGGAGCCCGAGGGAGAUGCGAUUCGAGGCUUGGGCAACCGGACCCCACGCAAGACCCUGCUCCCUCCGCGUAUCCACCUCGGCCCUCCCGCUGCACCCCCAGGCCCAAUGUGGUUUUUAGCAUUUCCCUAGCCCCCCUUCCCCCCGGCCGCUUCCCCGAUAGCUUCUCAGUCUCUUCGCCGCGAGGUCCUUGCGCAACGUUCCCAGUGACAGCAGCGUCCAUACCCGCACGGAGCGGGCCUGCAGCUCCCACUUCCCGGAAUUCAAUUCCGGGCCUCUAAGGGAGGGCGCCGGAGCAAGGAUCAACAGCCCACGGCCGUGGCCAGAGUCCUGCGGCCUCCGCGCGGCCGGCGUGCGCGCCCCCAACCGUGAGCGUGCGCGCCUCACUCUCCGCCCGCCUCAGCACCAAUAGCUUUCCUUCUACACCCCGCGGCUCCACCACGUAGCCCCUCCCACCGUCCGCGCGCCAGCCGGAGGUGUUCGGCGUGCGCGCGCCCGCUCGCCCGCCGGCCCGCCUCGCGCCGAGUGGGGAAGGGGAGUGAGCAGAGGCGCUUACGUCGCGCGGGAGGCGGAGGCGACGACGACCUCGGUGGUGGUGGCGGCGGAGGCGGCUACGACGGAGACGGUUGCGCUCGCUCUCUCGGCGUCAUGGCGGCUGCCGGGAGCCGAUAAGCGGCGGGAGCGGGAGCGCGCGCGUGGCCGCGGCGACGACGACGGCUCGUUACUUCUCGCUUUUGCUGCCUUCGCCGUUGGUGCUUCAAUAAUGAAUUGAUUGUUGGAUCCGCUCCGCAGGGGAUCGCGCGUUGGUGCCGCGGCCCGGGGCUUCCCCUUCCCCUCCGCGUCCUUCCCCUUCCCCCUCCCCCUCACGGACUCCGGCUUACCCCGAGACGCCCGGAGCCCGAGGACUCACUCGGCGGCAGAGACCGCGGGCCCGGGCGUGGGGGAGGCCGCUGAUCCGAGUGGGCUCUCUCCGCCCCGCGAAGCCUGCACGCCCGCCGGUGAAUCAAAAGGGCCCCAGGAAACCUGUGAAUGUUGGAAAGAAUUCAUCUGUGAAUUUUUGAUGUUUAAGGAGUUCAUAUUUGUAUUCAUCUUUUUAACUGGGAAGAUUUGUGUUUUAUUUUAAAACUUCUUGAUAUUUACAAUGAAUGGACACAGCGAUGAAGAAAGUGUUAGAAACAGUAGUGGAGAAUCAAGAGAGAAAGCUGGCUCCUACCAUCCACCAUCCCAUCAUGCACUUCAAGCUCAUAUACAGCCAGUCGGAUGAUGAUUCUGGGUCAGCUUCAGGCUCUGGAUCUGGUUCAAGUUCUGGAAGCAGUAGUGAUGGAAGCAGUAGCCAAACAGGUAGCAGUGACUCUGAAUCUGGAUCUGAAUCGGGCAGUCAGUCAGAGUCUGAGUCAGACACUUCCCGAGAAAACAAAGUCCAAGCAAAACCACCGAAAGUUGAUGGAGCUGAGUUUUGGAAAUCUAGCCCUAGUAUUCUGGCUGUUCAGAGAUCUGCAAUGCUCAAGAAGCAGCAGCAGCAGCAGCAGCAUCAAGCUUCAUCUAAUAGUGGAUCAGAAGAGGAUUCUUCAAGCAGUGAAGAUUCUGAUGACUCAUCAAAUGAAGUCAAAAGGAAAAAACAUAAAGAUGAAGAUUGGCAAAUGUCUGGGUCAGGAUCUCCAUCUCAAUCUGGCUCAGAUUCAGAAUCUGAAGAAGAAAGAGAUAAAAGCAGUUGUGAUGAAACAGAAUCUGAUUAUGAGCCAAAAAACAAAGUUAAAAGCAGGAAACCUCAAAAUAGAUCUAAGGCAAAAAAUGGAAAGAAAAUUCUUGGACAAAAAAAGAGACAGCUUGAUUCAUCUGAGGAGGAGGAUGAUGAAGAAGAUUAUGAUAAUGAUAAAAGAAGUUCUCGUCGCCAAGCAACUGUCAAUGUUAGCUAUAAAGAAGAUGAAGAAAUGAAAACAGAUUCCGAUGACCUACUGGAAGUCUGUGGAGAGGAUGUUCCUCAACCUGAGGAAGAGGAAUUUGAAACAAUAGAACGUUUUAUGGAUUGUCGGAUUGGGAGAAAAGGAGCUACUGGUGCUACUACAACCAUCUAUGCAGUUGAAGCAGAUGGUGACCCAAAUGCAGGAUUUGAAAAAAACAAGGAACCAGGAGAGAUCCAGUAUUUAAUUAAAUGGAAAGGAUGGUCCCAUAUCCACAAUACUUGGGAGACAGAAGAAACCCUUAAGCAGCAGAAUGUUAGAGGAAUGAAAAAAUUGGAUAAUUACAAGAAAAAAGAUCAGGAGACAAAAAGAUGGUUGAAAAAUGCUUCUCCAGAAGAUGUGGAAUAUUAUAAUUGCCAGCAAGAACUUACAGAUGAUCUACACAAACAGUAUCAAAUAGUGGAACGAAUAAUUGCUCAUUCCAAUCAGAAGUCAGCAGCUGGUUAUCCCGAUUAUUAUUGCAAAUGGCAGGGCCUUCCAUACUCAGAGUGCAGCUGGGAGGAUGGAGCCCUAAUUUCCAAAAAGUUUCAAGCAUGCAUAGAUGAGUAUUUUAGCAGGAAUCAAUCAAAAACCACUCCUUUUAAAGAUUGCAAAGUAUUAAAACAAAGGCCAAGAUUUGUAGCCCUAAAGAAGCAGCCAUCCUACAUUGGAGGACAUGAGAGUUUAGAAUUAAGAGAUUAUCAACUGAAUGGUUUAAAUUGGCUUGCUCAUUCUUGGUGCAAAGGAAAUAGUUGCAUACUUGCUGAUGAAAUGGGCCUUGGAAAAACAAUACAGACGAUCUCAUUUCUGAACUAUUUGUUUCAUGAGCAUCAAUUAUAUGGACCUUUUCUGUUAGUAGUACCACUCUCCACUCUUACUUCCUGGCAAAGGGAAAUACAGACAUGGGCUUCUCAGAUGAAUGCUGUGGUCUAUUUAGGUGACAUUAACAGCAGAAAUAUGAUAAGAACUCAUGAAUGGAUGCAUCCCCAGACCAAACGGUUAAAAUUUAAUAUACUUUUAACAACUUAUGAAAUUUUAUUGAAGGAUAAGGCAUUCCUUGGAGGUCUGAAUUGGGCGUUUAUAGGUGUAGAUGAAGCACAUCGAUUAAAGAAUGAUGACUCUCUUCUGUAUAAAACUUUAAUAGACUUUAAAUCCAAUCACCGUCUCCUUAUUACUGGAACUCCUCUACAGAACUCCCUUAAAGAGCUGUGGUCUUUGCUACAUUUCAUUAUGCCAGAAAAGUUUUCUUCCUGGGAAGAUUUUGAAGAAGAACAUGGAAAAGGCAGAGAAUAUGGUUAUGCAAGCCUCCACAAGGAGCUUGAACCAUUUCUGUUACGCAGAGUUAAAAAAGAUGUGGAAAAAUCUCUUCCUGCCAAGGUUGAGCAGAUUUUAAGAAUGGAAAUGAGUGCUUUACAGAAACAGUAUUACAAAUGGAUAUUAACUAGGAAUUACAAAGCCCUCAGCAAAGGUUCCAAGGGCAGUACCUCAGGCUUUUUGAACAUUAUGAUGGAGCUAAAGAAAUGUUGUAACCAUUGCUACCUCAUUAAACCACCAGAUAAUAAUGAAUUCUAUAAUAAACAGGAGGCCUUACAACACUUAAUCCGUAGUAGCGGAAAAUUGAUUCUUCUUGACAAACUGUUAAUUCGCCUAAGAGAACGAGGCAAUAGAGUUCUUAUUUUUUCUCAAAUGGUGCGGAUGUUAGACAUACUUGCAGAAUAUUUGAAAUACCGUCAAUUCCCCUUUCAAAGAUUAGAUGGAUCAAUAAAAGGGGAGCUGAGAAAACAAGCACUAGAUCAUUUUAAUGCUGAAGGAUCAGAGGAUUUCUGCUUUUUGCUUUCCACAAGAGCUGGAGGUCUAGGAAUUAAUUUAGCCUCUGCUGAUACUGUUGUUAUAUUUGAUUCUGAUUGGAAUCCACAAAAUGAUCUUCAGGCACAGGCUAGAGCUCAUCGAAUUGGGCAGAAGAAACAGGUGAAUAUUUAUCGUCUAGUUACGAAGGGAUCAGUUGAAGAGGAUAUUCUUGAAAGGGCCAAAAAGAAGAUGGUUUUAGAUCAUCUUGUGAUUCAGAGAAUGGACACAACUGGGAAGACAGUACUACAUACAGGUUCUGCCCCGUCAAGUUCUACUCCUUUCAAUAAAGAAGAAUUAUCAGCCAUCUUAAAGUUUGGUGCUGAGGAACUUUUUAAGGAACCUGAAGGAGAAGAACAAGAGCCCCAGGAAAUGGAUAUAGAUGAAAUCUUGAAGAGGGCUGAAACUCAUGAAAAUGAACCAGGCCCUUUAACUGUAGGAGAUGAAUUGCUUUCCCAGUUCAAGGUUGCCAACUUUUCAAAUAUGGAUGAGGAUGACAUUGAGUUGGAACCAGAAAGAAAUUCAAAGAAUUGGGAGGAAAUAAUUCCUGAAGAUCAACGAAGACGAUUAGAAGAGGAAGAAAGACAAAAGGAACUUGAAGAAAUUUAUAUGCUCCCAAGAAUGAGAAACUGUGCAAAACAGAUUAGUUUUAAUGGAAGUGAAGGGAGGCGCAGUAGAAGUAGGAGAUAUUCUGGAUCUGAUAGUGACUCGAUCUCAGAAAGGAAAAGGCCAAAGAAACGUGGAAGACCACGGACUAUCCCUCGGGAGACUAUCAAAGGAUUUAGUGAUGCAGAAAUUCGGCGGUUUAUCAAGAGUUACAAGAAGUUUGGUGGCCCUCUGGAAAGAUUAGAUGCAAUUGCUCGGGAUGCUGAAUUAGUUGAUAAGUCAGAGACCGACCUCAGACGACUAGGAGAAUUGGUACAUAACGGUUGCAUUAAAGCUCUAAAGGAUAAUUCUUCAGGAACAGAACGAACAGGUGGUAGACUUGGAAAAGUGAAGGGUCCAACAUUCCGAAUAUCAGGAGUACAAGUGAAUGCCAAGCUCGUCAUCUCCCAUGAAGAAGAAUUGAUACCAUUGCAUAAAUCCAUUCCUUCAGAUCCAGAAGAAAGAAAACAGUAUACUAUCCCAUGCCAUACAAAGGCAGCUCAUUUUGAUAUAGACUGGGGCAAAGAAGAUGAUUCCAAUUUGUUAAUUGGUAUCUACGAAUAUGGAUAUGGAAGCUGGGAAAUGAUUAAAAUGGAUCCUGACCUCAGUCUAACACACAAGAUUCUUCCAGAUGAUCCUGAUAAAAAACCACAAGCAAAGCAGUUGCAGACACGUGCAGACUACCUCAUCAAAUUACUUAGUAAAGAUCUUGCAAGAAAAGAAGCUCAGAGACUUUCUGGUGCAGGAGGUUCAAAGAGGAGAAAAGCAAGAGCUAAGAAGAAUAAAGCAUUGAAGUCUAUAAAAGUGAAAGAAGAAAUAAAGAGUGAUUCUUCACCCUUGCCCUCAGAGAAGUCUGAUGAAGAUGAUGAUAAGGAUGAGAUCACUUCUGUGAAACAUCCAAAUAAAAAAAUUAAAACAGAAAGAGACAGUGAAGAAAGACCUGAGCCAGAUGUUUUUAUAAAGAAGGAAUCAGAAGAAAAGAGGGAAGCAAAAGAAAAAGAGAAUAAAAGAGAACUUAAAAGGGAGAUAAAAGAAAAAGAGGAUAAGAAAGAUUUAAAGGAAAAAGAUUUUAAAGAGAAAAGAGAAAACAAAGUAAAAGAAGCUAUACAGAAAGAAAAAGACAUAAAGGAAGAAAAGUUGAGUGAAUCCAAGUCUGAUAGCAAGGAAAGAUCCAAGAAAUCUUCAGUGUCAGAUGCUCCAGUUCAUAUCACAGCAAGUGGUGAACCAGUUCCCAUAUCUGAAGAAUCUGAAGAGCUAGAUCAGAAGACAUUCAGCAUUUGUAAAGAAAGAAUGAGGCCUGUCAAAGCAGCUUUGAAACAACUUGAUAGGCCUGAAAAAGGCCUUUCAGAAAGAGAACAACUGGAGCAUACUAGACAGUGUUUAAUAAAAAUUGGAGACCAUAUCACAGAAUGUCUGAAAGAGUAUACAAAUCCUGAACAAAUCAAGCAGUGGAGAAAAAACCUGUGGAUUUUUGUAUCUAAGUUUACGGAGUUUGAUGCAAGAAAAUUACAUAAGUUAUAUAAGCAUGCUAUUAAAAAACGGCAGGAAUCUCAGCAAAAUAAUGACCAGAACAGCAGCCUGAAUGCUCAAGUAAUUAGAAAUCCAGAUGUGGAAAGAUUAAAAGAGAAUACAAAUCACGAUGAUAGCAGCAGGGACAGUUAUUCAUCUGAUAGACACUUAUCUCAGUAUCAUGAUCAUCAUAAAGACCGACAUCAGGGAGAUUCUUACAAAAAGAGUGACUCUAGGAAAAGACCCUAUUCUUCCUUUAGUAAUGGUAAAGAUCAUCGUGACUGGGAUCAUUACAAGCAAGAAAGCAGGUAUUAUAGUGAUAGAGAGAAACACAGAAAACUGGAUGAUCACAGGAGUAGAGAUCACAGGUCAAAUUUGGAAGGAAGUUUAAAGGACAGAUCUCAUUCUGAUCAUCGUUCUCAUUCAGACCAUCGGUUGCAUUCAGACCAUCGGGCAAGUUCUGAAUAUACACACCAUAAAUCUUCCAGGGAUUAUAGGUAUCACUCAGAUUGGCAGAUGGACCACAGAGCUUCCAGUAGUGGCCCCAGAUCACCACUAGAUCAGAGGUCUCCUUAUGGCUCCAGAUCUCCAUUUGAACACUCAGUUGAACACAAAAGUACACCUGAGCAUACCUGGAGUAGUCGGAAAACAUAACAAAAACUGAUACUUUUUGUCUUUCUGGACUUUUCUUUUAGCCAUAUAUCAUAAACCAACACAGUAAUUGCCUUACAUGACUUGAAAGAUAUAAACAGAUCUUCUAUCAGUAGCAGUAUUGUUACUUCUUUCCAGGAUGCAAGGUCUAUUAUCCCAACAGAAGAGAAAAUAUUUUUAUAUUUAAGGAUUAUGCUGCACUGUACUACAAAUACUGUAGUACUUUUUUUUUUUUCUUUUUUAAAGAAAUGGAAAAUGUUUACUAUUACAGGGACCUCAACACUGCCCUUCCAUAUAGGCUGGAUAAAACUGUUUUUAAGUCAGUGAUUUUAGACUGACCUCCAUUUAAAUUAUGUUUGUAUAUGAACUUUACUCUGACCUGUGAUCAUGUUUCAGGAAGGAAUGAAAGAGAGUUCUUUUCUUAAUAAAGAAAAAACACUCAAGGACUUUGUUCACUUUCCAAAGCUACUUGUUUACAUUGUACACUGCGACCACCUUGCCGCUUUUCAUCACAAGCUUGAAUAUUUAAAUUCUGUACUUAUAUCUGUAAAAUAGCCAGGAAUUUCCUGUUUGUGAUCUGUUAUUAUGCCUUUUUACACAUACACACACACAUGGCUGUAAAUUAUUGUAAAUGGAUUAAAUGAGCUUUCCUUACUUCCUUUCCCUGCUCAGGCUUUUUUUGACUGUUCCUUUCCCUACCAACUCAGGCCUUCUUAUCAUUUAAAAAAAAUUAUCAGUGUAAUAACACUUUUUAAUGAUUUGUCUUGAUGGAAUCAUUGUUUAGAAUGUAAAAAAUGGGGAAAGGGGCCACUUAAUUCCAUUAGUCUCUUUUUAUAUUGACUAUUUUAUUAGAUAAAUGUUAUUUCUUUCAUUUUUUCUUUUUUAGUAAAUAUUGUGUUUGUAGUAACAAAAUGGUGAGAUAAUAUGUAAAAUCUAAACUGCAUGCUCUGGAAACAUUUUUUUCAGAUGCAUUUGGUUUAAAAGGGUAGGUGUAUGAACACUUUUCAGAAUCCAAAAUGGCCAAAAGUUAUUGUAAAAUCCAUUUGUUUUCCCUUUUCAUGUGGGCAAUAAUGUCAAAUGUGCUAUGCAGCCAGGUAACAUUUUAGAUAAACUUGAUUGACUUUUAAUAUAAACUGUUACAAUGCACACUGAUUGUAUAUAAAAACCUUAUAUAUGACAAAUUAAAUUUAAGAAAAAGGA